GAGAGAGAGAGGGAGGGAGGAAAAUAGAAAGAGGGUGAACUAAGGGAACAGGGGCAUUUAUGUUUUCUCUCUUUUCCCUCCUUGUUGUUUGAAACCUGACUCUUUUUUUUCUUCUCCCCCCGGGGGUGGUUGGGUAUUUGGCAUUGCGAAAAGGAUCUGAGCAGUGAGUGUCCCUCCGUCUCUCCUUCCGCCUCACACCAGAUCUCUCUCUCUCUCUCUGCCAGCACACAGUGUCAGGGCUGUGGGUGCUGUGUUCUCUGCCUACUCCGCAUUUCUCCCUUUGCAUUUUGUUCUGUUGCAGUCUGCGGGGCACUUUUUCUUCCAUUCCGAAAACGACGUUAAUAAGUUAGCCAUGGAUUGUAACAGUAUGGAGGAGUGGUGACAGAGAAACUCACUGCCUAAAAGGGAGCAGAAGAGAGAAUGAUAAGGAGAAAUGAACUGUUAAGACGAGAGUAGCCUGGAGGUGCAGGCACAUACCCCCACCAGGAGGAAAGUACUCCAGCGGGACAUGCUUUGGAAGCCCAUUUGGAGGGUGCUGGUGCCGUGAACAGGGAUGCUGGUGCAAUGGAGUUGUCACCACUGACCACUGCUCUGCGGAGACCAGCAGGAGUUGAAGGCUCCAAGUGCACCAUGUUGAAAUAAAAUCAGCCACCGUAACUGUGAAAGAAAGAGGAACACGAACCAGGGCCUCAGUGUUAUGAAGGGUGCUCCAGAGGAAAACGCAUCGUCAUAUUGACUGACUCUCUGACCGUUAAGAAGGCUACUUGUCCCACAGUGAGCACCAUGACCUGGCAAGAUAGGACUGAUGGGGUCCAGUGAAAGGUUUUGAGCUUGGGCUGUUUGGAGGUCAGGGUGGAGGAGGUGGACGCCCACUUGGGAAUGCAGGCUGUGGGGCAGUCCGUCUCACCUGUCCCGGGCUCCAUCAGGUCCGACUGGCACUUUGAGAGCCCUGUGGGAGUGGACUGCAGCACUCCUGAGCCAUGCUGCAUCUGGCUGGUGGUGCUGCGGGACACGGCACCCACAUCACCACCCGGGCAUCUCCAGAGAAAAAUUCCUCAGAAGAGGCAGUGGAUGGAUGGUGGCCACGCCGUGGCACAAGGGCAGAGAGAUGGGAUUUCAACCUCCAGUGGGAAGAUGCAGGCAGAGCUGGGUGACAGUGUGGCCUGUCAGGGCCCACGUACGGUGGUACUGCGCAAGAACUCUGAGGGAUUUGGCUUCACUCUGCGUCACUUCAUCGUGUACCCUCCGGAAUCCACCCUGUACCUCAAGGAUGAGGAAAAUGGGAACGGAAAGGGGUAUUUUCAAAGCCGCUUGGAGCCAGUUGAUACCAUUUUUGUGAAGAAUGUGCGAGAGAAGGGUCCAGCGCACCAAGCUGGCUUGUGCACAGGUGACCGGCUGGUGAAGGUGAAUAGGGAGAGCAUUUUGGGCAAAACCUACUCCCAAGUGAUAGCCCUGAUCCAGAACAGUGAAAACAUCCUAGAGCUCACUGUCAUGCCGAAAGAUGAAGAUGUCCUGCAGCUGGUAAGUGCAUACUCCCAGGAUGCCUAUAUGAAGGGCCAUGAGCCGUUCAAGGGGGAGGCUCAGAACCUGCCCAACCCACCACCUGUAUGCUACCCACGCAGCAAGAUACAGCCCACGGCUGUGCACGUAGGCCAGAACCCGGUAGACAACUGGAACUGCUGGCCGGGCUCAGACAAACCAUCCAGCCUGCUGGACAACCACUGCCGUCUAGACAGCCUGGUGGCCCAGGUGAAUGAGCGGGCAGGGAGCCGCCAGGGCGAAGACCCUUCGGGUGUGGCACAGAUUCGUGGCCGCUCCUACUCCUUAGCGGGGAAAGUCGGCAGUCCCCUGCACUUCCACUUCACCAAUCAUCAGGCUGCCAUUGCCUCGGCCUCACAGACACAACUAGGCCUCAGUAAGAACGAGCUCUGCCAGCAGGCCCUCUCUGACUGGUACUACAGCCAGACCACGGAGCGCCUGGGGCCGACGAUGCCCCCUCGCCACCGCAGCUUCUCCCAAGACCACUUAGUUGAGGUGACCUCUGCACUGAACCACCACCAUGUUGGGUGGCCACACAGCUCUUCCCAGGAUACCUUGCUCUUGCAGUCCAAUGACCCGUACUGGGACAUCAGUAGCAAGCCAACCUCCGACCGUACUUGCUCCGGUAACCCGCCUGCCUACAUUUUCCACAGCCGCUCAAUGGAGAUGCUUGACCAGACAUUAGGUCUAGUCUCGCCCUGUUCUGAGAAGUCUGCCUGGCUUAGUCAAUCCCAGAAAGCACCACUUAGAACUGAUGGCCACCAGCAGAGGAAUUAUUGUACCAUGUCUCCAGUGCCUUCCUCAGGCCCACCAAUGCCAUUGCAUCAACAACAGCCCACAUCAAACUCCCAGCAGGUGGGCCAGUCAAGAUGGCUUCCUCCACAAGGCCAGGAUGACCAGUCAGUUGGCUAUCAGAGCUACAGCCCCUCCUUCUACCGCAAGGCCGGUCGCCUGUUGCAGGCACACUCCUUCAGGGAUCCAGCCUAUACUGGACUCCAUUUCAACUGGGAACCUACCCCUAAAACCAGUCCCCCCAACAAUGUCCCCAUUGUGGCAUCCAGGGCCUGCACCUCCCCCUCCCUGCACUCUAUGUCCAAGUCUCCCAACGGCAUCUCCCAGCAGAACAAAAAUGAGAGGCCCUUAGAUGAGUCAGGCUGUGUGUCUCAGACCCAGACGGUGGUACUCCGCCCAAAGCUGGCUGUGGGCCGACAUACGUCCCAUGUGCUGAGGCCCCCAAACUGUCCCCCAACAAGUGUCAAGUCCCCCGAGUCACAUGGCUUUACACUUAAGCCUAGCAGGGGUGCUUCCAUCGAUCAGCGCUCAGAAGACCUGCCCCAGUGCCCCAAUAACAGCCUAUCACCGGUGCCUGCAGAGGACGACUCACUGGCAUACAUCCCGUACAUAGAUGAACCAACGAGCCCCAGCGCCGACCUCUGUGCCCGGCAUGUGCUCGCCUCCUCAGUGGUGUCCAGCGCCAUGAGCUCCACACCCGCCGUUUCUUCCAACCCUGUUUCCCCCACCUUCACCUUUCCCUUCACCAGGCUCUACUCUGAGAACUGCACCGAUGACCCCGAGUCCAGCCGACAUUCCUCUUCUCUGCUGGCUAUCACAACAGAGCGUUCCAAGUCCUUUGAUGAAGGACUGAUCGUCUUCCGAGAUGAAGGCCAUGGCUUCUCGAGACUGCCAAAAAGAGUCAAAAGCUUUUUUGCAGAUGGGUCCUUUGACAGCCUUGGCAACGUAGUGGAGGCACACUGCAAGCGUCAUUCCACCUCUGAACUCGGCACCCUCACCUUCAGCAACAUACGCAAGGAGGGGUGGCUACACUAUAAGCAGAUCCUCACAGAGAAGGGCAAGAAGCUGGCCAGUGGCAUGCGGCCAUGGAAGCGGGUUUUCUCUGUGCUGCGUUCCCACUCGCUCUACCUCUACAAAGACAAGCGGGAGGCAGUGUUGCAUGGAGCCACCCUGGGGGGAGGGGCCAGGUCGGCCCACUGUGAGGAUGAGCAGUUAAUCAGUAUCCGCGGCUGUCUGGUAGACAUUGCAUACAGCGAGACCAAACGCAAACACGUGCUGCGCCUCACUACGCAGGACUUCUGCGAGUACCUUCUGCAGGCUGAAGACCGUGAUGACAUGCUCAGCUGGAUCAAGGUCAUAUGUGAGAACAGCAGGACUGACAGCGAGGAGUUUGGGUCCUCUAGGCAAGCACUAAUCAAUAAGAAGCUGAAUGACUACAGGAAGCAGAGUCCCAUGGGCAGUAAGCCGGACUUGUCCCCAAAGCUGCCCCGCAUGAAGCCUUCCUUCCUUCUGCCCAAGGCAGAUUAUUCUGGGGCACCACCUCAUUCCCCUAAGACUGACAGCAAAGAGGAAAGCAACUUUCCCAAAGCUCCAUGGGGAAUCAACCUCAUGAAGAAGGUCAAGAAGGCAGGACCCAAGGCGUUUGGGGUGCGGCUAGAGGACUGCCAGCCUGGGGCCAUCAACAAGUUUGUUCCUCUCAUAGUGGAGACUUGCUGUGGGCUGGUAGAGGAGAUGGGUCUGGAGUACACAGGGAUCUAUAGAGUCCCUGGCAACAACGCCAUGGUGUCCAGUCUGCAGGACCAGCUCAACAAGGGGGCUGACAUCAACCUUGCUGAAGAGAAAUGGCAGGAUUUAAAUGUGAUCAGCAGUCUGCUGAAAUCAUUCUUCCGGAAGCUACCAGAGCCUCUGUUUACUGACGAUAAGUACAGCGACUUCAUUGAUGCCAACCGGAUGGAGAAUACCAGCAACAGGCUAAAGACCAUGAAGAAACUGGUUCAUGACUUGCCCGAUCAUUACUACCACACCCUGAAGUACUUAGUUGGACAUCUGAAAACUGUUGCUGACAAUGCGGAGAAGAAUAAGAUGGAACCUCGUAACCUGGCGCUGGUGUUUGGCCCCACCUUGGUGCGCACGUCGGAGGACAACAUGACGGAAAUGGUGACCCACAUGCCAGACCGCUACAAGAUAGUGGAGACCCUUAUCCAGCAUUAUGCCUGGUUUUUUACCGAGAAACUUGGCGUGGAUGAUAAGACACCAGUGGACACGGAGGACCUGCAACCCAUCCCCAACAUUGACCACUUGCUGUCGAACAUUGGCAGGACAGGGCAAGAGGCCUCAGCAGAUUCAACCAACAGUGACUCGGCUAAAUCCAAGGGCUCAUGGGGUUCAAGGCGGGAUCUGACAGCCAAGGACUUUACUCUGUCGCUGCUGUCUGCUGUUACUCGGAAACGGAGGAAGCGCCCGGUAACCCGCUUCCUGGGUAGCAGUACAGACGAAGACUCAGAUCACGAACCAGUCAAAGCCAGCAAUCGUGGGGGGCAUGUCCCAGAAAGAGAACAGAUGAAAGGAGGGAAUGAGGAAGGGGAGCCACUAAGGGGUGGAGCUGCAGCGCCCAGAGCAGUAGAAGAGGACGAUGAUCAUGAUGAUGAUGAGAAUGAUGAGGACGAGGAGGAGGAGGAGGAGGAGGAAGAAAGGGAGGAGGAUGUUGAAGCUGGAAAGGAGUCCGUGAGAAGGCUGUAUAAAGAAGAGAACAUCAGCAAGACUGCAGUGCUGCAGGAGAAGAGUGGUGCUGGGGUGGGGAAGUGGCGGGAGCCGGAAGACGCACGCUCCAUAGUGUCGGGGUACUCCACACUCUCCAUACUGAGACACAGCCUGGCCUCCGAGGGUCAUGGUGAUGAAGCAGAUGACGAGCACAGCGAGCUGGUGAGCGAGACGGACAAUGAGAGCGGCUUUGCCUCGCGUUCCCUCACCCAGGAAAGGGCAGAAAAACCCACCCAGCAGGUCCCUCACAGCUUCCUCUACAGCCAUCACAAGCCCCCUCAGUCAGGCACCUCCCCCCCCAGCCUCCUGGCCAUGGGUGGCCAGAGUGAAGGCAGCCGACGCUCCACCACUCCCUCCUCCUCAUCAUUUUCCUCUUCAUCCACCACCCAUAGGCCGCACAGCCGAACCUCUUUUAGUUCCCACAAACUGAUCCAGUGUGACACGCUGGCACGCAAGAAACUCAAAGGCGAGAAGCCUAAAUUACUGGAUGUGGAGCUUGAGCAGGUCACAGAGGACCAAGGAACCUCAUCAAAAGGGGCCCCAAGUGAGCAGGGCAGGGAUCCCGUGACCAAUAAGGAGAGCCCAAAUGUGAGCCUGCCCCUGCAGUCCUCCUCAUUCAUUGAGGUGGCUUCCUUCACUCCCUGUGCCCCUGGUGGGCAGGCCUCUCUGACCGAACAGGUGCAAGCAUGCCUCUUGGGCUCUAUUGGCGACCUUCGAGGUGUGGGACUGCGGAAGCCUGUCUCACCAGAGACGCGACGCAAAAAGACUUCCUGGCGUCGCCACACUGUUGUUGUGCAUGUGGGAGACAGUACAAUAUUCCCUGUGGAUGCAACAGCCAGCGUGACAAGCCCUGAUAAGGACAUGCCGGUUGCUGGCAGGGUCCGACCUGAUAGUAAGCCCGUGGGGCUACAUUGUACCCCAGAACCACCAUUGCACAGGGAGUCUGUCUUUCUGGGCCGGGAACCAGCCACGCCCCAGCCGGUCUCCCGCUCUCGGUUCCAUCAGUACCUGUAGUGGAACUCAUUUGUACCACAGAUUGCAGUUAGUUAAGAAGAGCCCCCUUUCUAAAGUCUGCCAAGGAUUUGUGCAGCCAUGCAGAUAUACUGGACAGAUGGUCUGAUAGCAGGCAAUAGGCCACUCCAUUGGAAAGAGGGGCAGAGGCAUGUCAGCUUAGCCCCACAGGAUGUAUGAAGCAUGCAGCUCACAGGGUCUCCUGGGUUUGAAGAAGCUUCUAGAAACAAUGAAAAAGAAGGAAGAAGAGAAGAGUAUGCAGGCUACAUGGUGUGAGCAAAAAGUACAAGGACCAUCCCAUAGAUUUCAGUUUCGCAUGGACCACAUGAUGCCCUAAGCCUGUCACUGUGUUGAAAACGGUCUUCCACACAUUUGGCACACAGCCACAGAGUCAGGCCGGCACAGGUGCAGUGAAGCAGAGCAUCCCUGGCGUAAACAGUAUUAGCUGACAGUGUUUCAGCACAUCAUGCCUCACAGGCAUCUCUCCCCAUAUCCUUGUCAGGAGGCACUCUGCCCUAGCGAGACCGUGCUAUUUAUUUAUUCCGUUCUCCACUUCCCAUGGUGAGUGGCAGGCGGUGGCCAAGUGAAUGACUCUACAGGGAUGCUGUGCCGGCCACCCCUGCCACCAACAGGCCCUUCCCUACCUGGUUUGCCGAAGCCACUACGGAGCACGUCCCUUUGUGCGCCUCCGUCUGUCCUUUUCGUAUGCAUGUGUGUCCAGCAGUUUUGUAAGAUUUGUACAAAAUAUUAAGUUAAUCACUUUGUACAUAUUAUAUAGUAGUGUUUUAUUAUAUUAAAAUUGUUAGAAAGUUAAUUUGAUAUAUAAUAUAUAUAAUAUAAUGUUUUCGGGAUUUUUUUGCAUUGUUUACAGUCAGUUGUGCAUCCUGAUGCACAAUCAUCUCCUGUCUAUUUUACUUGAAAAUGGCCCUAUAUGUUUAUAUAUAACACAUGUAUGUUUUGUAUUAAAAUGUGGAGUACAGACGCUCCUCUACUUACGAAUGAGAUAUGUUCUGAACAGCCUUUCGUAACUUGAAAUGUUCAUAAGUUGCUGUUCAACAUCAUUUAAGGGCAUAUGCAAGUACACAGAACUAGGAUGCUAGGAGUACGCACUCUAAGCUUCUGCGCGGUGGGAGUAGCGGGCAGAAGUCGUACUAAAAGGAAUUGGUGCACGGAAAAAAAACUGAUGUUGCAGACAGGAAACGGGAGCCCAAUGAACACAAUUUGGACUUACAGUCCUCUUCGUUCGUAUGUCUGAAAGUUCGUAAGUAAAGGAGCGUCUGUACAGUACUUCUGUUAUAAUUUGAACAUUCAGGGUGUUCCUGUGUGAAGCAAAACAAAGGUAUCACAACCACAGAUGUUCAUGCCAGUCUUUAGCAAGUGACAUGCUAUUUUUUAACCUUCCCUCAUAUUUAUUUCUUCCUUGUAAUCUUUUCGAGGCAAAUAAUAUUACAUUGAUGUUGACAUGAAAGUAGCUUUAUUUUUGCAAUUGCUCAGUGGACAAAGGCUUACUAAUACUCUGGAAAGGGAGAAAAAAAAUCAUUAGACUUUCACCAAUCAUGCCCUAUACUUAAAAAAAUAAUCCUACCAGAAAAAUCCAUUCAGAUCAGAUACAUGCUCCCACUAAUGACAGUUGUUUUACAUUGCACAUUAUGCACCCCAUACCCGGGCCGUACCCAUGCUGACAUGACCCUGCGGGUUGCGUUGACUCCAUCUGAUUGGUCAAAAAUCCACAGGGAUAGUGGGUUUCUCUGCAUGGAUUAUCUGAAGAAAAAAGCAUAUAUUCUAUGUAUUAUCAAUUAUUAGGAGUAUAGCACAUUGCGGUGUAACAGUACAUUCCCAAAACACGGAACUUAAAAAUUUCCAACCUCCUAAUUUCAAAACAGAAUGAAUUUGUAAUGCCAAUUUAUGCAAGUGAUUGCUAAUUCCGCUAGCGUUUGAUACUUGCAUAACACGGUGAUUCUCACAGAUAUACUAGCGGAAAUUACCACGCAGUAGUAAUAAUAAUAAUAAUUAUUAUUAUUAUUAUCAUUGCACAUAGUAAAUCAUGUUGCACACUGUGUAAACAGAAAAUAAGUGUCUCUUUGGUUUUAUUUCUCUGUUGCUCUCCAAAUCCCACCUUUACCAAGCUAACCCAUCUGCAGUGGAAAACCAAAGCGAGCUGGGACUGCACUGGAACUAGGCUCUCUUUGUGGUAUGGCCACAAAGUGUAACGACUGGAUUUUCUAAGUUGAGCUUCUUCAGGGAGUGUCUUUUUGUUGUCAUUCUUAUGUUUAGGUUACAAAACAUUCCCAAACACUGCAAAGCUGUCAUCCAUUGACCCAAGAAUUCCUGAAGGUGUUUAAUAUUAUAACUUCUGUGACACUGUCAAGUUAAUUUAAUUUUGUUCACUUGCAAAAUUAUUGCUAGUGAUUAGACCAGAAUAAUCCGCUGUCACCUUUUGAGUUAAACCUCAGACUUCCGCAGUUAUCUCAGGUUAAACCCUAUGCAGUACAAACUCCUUACAUAGCAGACAGGAAACUGAGUACUGUGCUCCAGAGCUGCUGAAGUCUCCUGUGUGAUCUUUGAAUGGGGAUUAAUGGCUAUACACAAGCAUAAAAAGAGACCUUCCUGCCUUGUAUUUUGGGAAUUCCCAUAUAUUGCUUUACCUGACAACCACUCUGUCUUGUGAAAGUGCCUAAUUUUCUGGACUACUUUCUUCUUUCUUUCUCUGAUUUUUUUUCUUUUGGUUCCACCAUUAGUAUUGAUCUUCACAUCUGAUUUCUCUCUCUUCACCUUUCUCACAAAGGCAUUUCAAUUCCAAGUGUAAUAAAACUCAAAGCAAGAUGACAUCUAUUUAGA